AACAAGUUGGUGCAUCUUUGGCAAGACUUUCUACCAAAUUGGUUAAGGCAAAAGAGCUCUUCCCUGGGAAUCAGUUGGUCAAGAAGGUAGAUGAAGUGUUGGGAAAGAUGGCAAGAGAACCAUCAAUUCUCAGCCAAGAUGAAGAAAUAUUUGGAUCAGAGGAUUUUUUGAAUGCCAUAACACAAAUUGAGAAGGAACUGAUGGAGGCAAGUGAAGCAGAAAAAAAGAAAAUAGGAAAUGAGAAGGAAUAUGAUAUAAGGAAGGCAUUCAGUUUGGGUUGCAACUUAACUCCCCCAACUCCAACAACUGAAGCACAGAUUAAUGUUGCAGCCACAACUUCAACAACAACUGAUGCAAAUGUUUCUUCUAAGCCAGAAGAGGAAAGAGUUGGAGGUUCAAAUUCUGAAGAACCACAAGAUGGAGGAAAUUCAAAAAAAGGUAAAAAGUUCACUUAUAUAGUAUUAAAUGAACAUUUGUGA